AUGGCUGAGAUUCAAAAGACAGCAAGGAACCCGGUCGCCACUGAAGAUGACCAUUCUUCUGGCAAUGUUGCCGGGUAUAAAUGGCAUCGAGGUGUGUUUUUCCAGGCUACCGUGGUAGGAAUUACGGCCUUUGCAGCGCCUGGUCUGUGGAAUGCGAUGAACUCGGUUGGUGCUGGUGGUCAGCAAAGUCCGUAUCUUGUUAUGGCGGGCAACGCAAUUCUGUUUGCUCUCAUGGUCAUUUCCUGCCUCACCGGCAGUCUCAUCGCGAAUCGUUUCGGUUUAAAAGCAGCUCUUAUCUUCGGUACAACUGGAUACGCGCUGUACUCCGCAGCUCUGUACACAAAUAACAGAUACGGAACAGUAUGGUUCAUAUACUUCGGUUCUGCCGCUUGUGGUAUCACCGCCGGAGUCUUUUGGGCGGCUGAAGGCGCCAUCAUGCUGAGCUACCCUAGUGUUGAGACCAGAGGCCGAUAUCUAUCUUAUUGGCUAGCAUACCGGAACAGUGGUUCGAUUUUGGGUGGUAUCAUUCAGUUGGCCUUCAACUAUUCUGGUGUCAAGACAGGGAAACUUGACUGGCGUACAUAUAUUGUAUUUGUCGUUUUGCUGGGAUGUCUGCUCUCUCCGCCUGAAAAAGUUCUACGUCGAAACGGAACGCGUGUACAAGCUCCAGAGCGAAUCUCUGAUAUUGCCGAGUUGAAAGCUCUCGGUAAACUCGCCAUCCGCAAAGACUUUCUCCUGGUGAUCCCCUUCUUCAUGUAUGUGACAUGGGAACUCCCUUACUCGAGCGCAUACCUUUCGCUAUACUUUAGCGUACGAGCUCGUGCUCUCGCCUCUCUCGUAUCCGCCAUCUCCCAGGUAGUAACCACACUUGCCUUCGGAGCCUUCCUCGACCAGAAAAGAAUUUCCCUGAACAAACGCGCACAAAUCGGAUACAUCUUCAUCAUGGCGCUCGUCGGUGGAUGCUGGAUCUGGGGUACCAUCGUCCAGACCGGCUACCAAAAACAUAAGCCCGCCUUGGACUGGGUCGAUAGAGGCUUUGGUCGAGGAUGGGCAUUGUACAUCCUCUGGCAAGUCAAUUUUUCGUUAUUGUACAAUUUCGGUUACUGGUUGGUUGGGUUCAUGGCCAAGGAACCCGCUGAAAUUGUCCGAUACACAUCUAUUGCUCGGGCCUUGGAGGCUGCUGGGCAAUGUAUUGCUUCGGGUAUAAGUUCGACCUCGGCGCCGUUGAUUGCGUCAUUGGGUGUCAAUUUUGCUGUCUGGGGAAUUGCUGUUAUUCCGGCUUAUUUGGUUGUGCGACAAGUUGGGAUUGUUCAUGUUGGUAUCAACCAUGAACAGACAACGACCAGCGAGACGGAGCGGAAGCUAUCGUCUACAGAUGAAGACAUUCAUGGCGAGGAUUAA